GCUUCAGUAACUCCGAUACCUUCGAGCGAGCGAGUCACGUCCGAUUUCGAACCCGACUGCCUACAGAGACGCGCCAAAACUUCUCUUACUUCGAGUAUUUCGCGCUUAUUUUCGUCCACGCUAUUAAAUUCAGUAGGCGUAUCGCCAUCGAAAGGAUGCAAAAACACGCUUGCCUUUCCCUCCCAUCUUACCGAAUAAAUUGAUCGUUUAGUGAACAUCGAACAUUUGGUGUACGCUGUUUAUAAACACGAUAGUCGCGCGAUCCAAACAAACGACUUCGAACUCUCGUGUAUUCUACGCCGAAUAUGCGGUCGAAUAUUCUUGGCGAAGAGUGAGUGAAUUUCGUAAAUCCCAUCGGAUGUUUGAUAUAUUCGCGAAACUUUGACAACGGUGACUUGUGCAAUUCUCCAAACAUCGAGCUUACGAAACGAAACUGUCGAACGACUGAAACUUCCGUGUAAUGUUCGUCUGAUUUUAUUCUUCGACUCUACUCGUCUGUUCGUCGUUUUACUUUUUACGAAUGAUUUUCGCUAUGAAGGCGAUUUAUUACCUUACGAUUCUCUGGACCAUCGCAAUCCCGGUGUUGUGCGAACCCGUGAACGUGCCUAUGAAACCGAGAUUGAACAUUCUCAAGUGUUGUCGACACAACGAGGAACUGGUGAAAGAAUCUGACAACGAGACAGACACGAGGACUCGUUGCAGACCGACCAAAAACGAAUGGAAACCUAUUAUCUAUUCGCCUUCCAAGGCAGAUAUGUUGGAGAAACUGCCCAUGGAAUGGGACAUCGUCGAGGGAAGGAGGCCCGUUUGCGAUCAGAAUUCUGCGUUGAUCUACGUACCCUACCGAAUCACCAAUCCGUUCGUGCUCAUAGACGAUGGCCACGCGCUCAUCAACAUUCACACGAACGAAAGAUACGAGCCGAGCGAGUAUUGCGCCGAUUCGAAUGCUCUUCUAGUUUGCAUGAAGAAUAAAGCGGAAGGAAACCACGCGGCCGCCACAAUGAGACCACGUAUUAGAAAAUGCUGCGGAGAAAACGCGACUUUCUACGAAGAAGAACAAACGUGCGUUCUUUCGGAGGAAGCCGCGAAUCCGACGCCUUUGCUGCCAAAUGCCUCUGCCGCUGCUGAAAUCGUGCCUGGCUUUCCAUCUUGUCGUCGUUCCGAUAAUCUUACGAUUUUGGGCGACGCUAAGGAUGCCCUGUUGUUGCCAGAUGGCGGCUUUGAAAUCGGCGGCGUCACGUUACCCACUGAUCAAUUUUGUGUUGAGAGGAUCAAGGAACUGAACCACGUGUCCAAGGUCUUCGCGUGUUCCGAGCACGGAUCGCAAAGGCCCAUAAUGCAGGCAGCCGACAUCAGAUUCACCUUGUACCCUGUGGGCUUCAUCAUUAGCGCGGUAUUCCUGGCAGCCACGUUGGCCGCCGGUUGGUUGCUGCCAGCCUCUCAUCACGUUCUGCACUGGCGUUGCCAGACUUAUCAUGUCACCUGCCUGAUGCUCGGUGAUCUCCUCAUGGCCAUCAUUCAGCUCGCCGGUGACUCCCUGCACGGCGCAUUCUGCAAGGUGGUCGCAAUCAUGGCGCAUUUCUUUUUCCUGGCUGCGUUCUUCUGGCUGAACACGAUGUGCUUCAACAUCUGGUGGACGUUCAGAGACCUGAGACCAGCGAGCUUGGAGAAAGGCCAAGAGACCCUCCGACUACGCGUAUACGCCUGCUACGCUUGGGGUGGCCCCCUUCUAGUCGCCGGUUUGGCCGCCCUUCUCGAUCAUCUUCCGCCUCAACCUCAAUACACGUUCCUCAGGCCCCGUUUCGGCGACAAACAGUGCUGGUUCUACGGUGACAUGGAAAUCUUGGCGUACUUUUUCGGUCCCAUUGGCUUCCUACUCGCAGUGAACCUGUUAUUCUUCGCAGCGACUGCUCGCGAGCUAACUUGUGGUCUAUGGAAGGGCGAAUUCGUGAAGAGCACCACAGAACGAGCCGCACUGGGCCGUGUGUGCAUGAAGCUGGUGGUCGUGAUGGGCGUCACCUGGGUAGCCGACGUGGUCUCGUGGGCAGUCGGUGGUCCUCAAUACAUCUGGUACUUCACCGACUUGAUAAACGCGUUCCAGGGCGUGCUGAUCUUCGCGGUAGUUGGCUGCCAGCCCCAGGUCCGCGCCGCCUUGAAAAGGAUCUGCAACAGGAAUCCGAGGACCAACGCUGGAAGGCAGGGAAACGGACUGAGCACCACCAGUCACGGAAUGCCCAGCAUGGGCGACAGCGUCAUUCAGAAUCCGAGCACGAAGACCGCUCCGCUGGAAACCAUCUGCUAAGCGACUUCUCUGACCUGCCGCUUCCGACAGUCGAGCUUCUCUGACGGCGUGCUUGCUCUGUUUAGUCCGUUGGAACCGUCGCUGUCGGUCAGUUUAGAGUUACUCGACUCUCAAGCAGAGAGAUCGAGACAGGAUUCAGUGGACGGGAAGUCGAAAGCGUGUGUUGGAAAGAGGCAGAUUCGCGAAUCUCGUGAAACACGUAAAACAGACGCGGAAGUCCACGAAGCGGAAGAACACUGUAUACGAAGCGACCAGCGUGAAAAGCAUCGCAUUGAUGGAUCACUACCAAGAAGCAGCAUUCUCUUUUCUCUGUUCAUAGUUCGUGCGAUUCUUAAUACGUACGCCGUUGAUACUUAAUAAUACGAUCGUCUUCGAAGGAGACAGAGAAAAGCUUCUAUAUCUACUAUCCGUUCCCGAUUCGCGUUGCAGGGUCGACGACCUCGAGGCCGUGAACUUGAAAUAACCGGACUUCCCCGUUCCGGAUGACUUUGUGACUCGACGAGUGCCGUUUCACGAACAUUGCCCGUAUACAAGUAGGCCCGUCCAAGUAGGACUCGACUCGCGUCAAAAAUCCUCGUCUACUAAGAAAAGAGGUCGUCGACCUUGGGAGAAGUACAGUCGCCAAGAACGCGUUUGCUCGCCGCUCGUGUCCCUGCGGACUAAACGCGGGGAAAGCGGUAGAACGCGCGAGCUGUCACUUUGAAUGGUUGAUUGUCUCGACAGGGAACACAAUGGAGAACAGAGAAAACAACGCGAAGCGACAAAUAUUCAUAGAGACACCCGUCCUGGUUCGAGUCCCCUCUCGAGAGAAAAGCGCGUUCCCAACCACUCUCGGUCCAGCUUUCACUCGCGUCGAAUUUCCUGUUAUCGUUACAAUUUGUAAUUCGCGCCACUCUCUGGAUUCAUCCGUCUUUUCAUCUCUCUAACGAUGAUUCGAAGCGAGAGUUGCGUUGUUCGUUGUCACCGAUCGCUCAGAGAUUCGUCGUCGAAUCAACCAGGCCGUCGUUAACGCGCGUAGGAGCAACCAGUCACUGUCCAUCGAUUAUACGCCGAGUGAAGUUAACGAGAUGAUGUGUAGCCGAUACGAGACACGCUAUUUCGGUAUUAACAAACGGCGCCGGACGAGGUCGAUUACGAGGGAAUUUUUCGCGCGACAGUAAAUACGAUCAUCGAUAUUAAUACAUGGUCGCUCGUUUUGCUCGUUUUUGAACGUCUGACGUUCUGCUAUUCGCGAUCACGCGUCGAUUCUACAAAUAAAUGACACAUCGGGACCAUGAAAAUUUCCCAAUAAACGAACGACGUGUGUGACGUGUACGAUCGAUGAAAUCGCAACGACCUUGACCUGUGUUCGCGAGCACGCGUCAGGUGAAUCCGGAACUUUCUUCGCGGCACGUCCUUCGUUAUUCAUCGAGCGUGCUUAAGGCCACGAGCGAUCCCUCUUCAAUUUCCUUCGGCAUAAAUUUGCAUCAACCGACUACAAUCGUGGCUACCAUUAACGCGUUGCAUUAGGAGUCUUGUAGCGUAGUCUCGUCGACGUCAGACGAGCAUCAUUUUCUUGAAAUACAUUCAACGUCUCCUUAUUCCGCUUCUUUCUACGACUGCCGGAUCAUCGACGACUUACAUUUAUCGAUCCACGGCGUUAAUGGCGUUUUUUCGAUCAUGCUAUCUCGACAAUGGACCGCGAAAAACACAGAGGGGCUCGAAGAAAAGCAACAACACUGCCAAAAUCAAUUUCAAUGACAAAACUCGAAGCAAUUUUUCGCCUCAUGUUGCAGUAAUUUUGAUGAGAUUUUACAAUAUCGCUAGUUUGAUCGUAAACACAACGAAGCAUCGUUCGCACAUCUCCGUUAGGAUAAACCAUAUUCUUUUUGAUACUUUUAAUACCGUGAAAAUGAUUUUACACAGGUGAUGCGAUAGGGACGAUGUAAGUCGAUCUAAAAAGCAAUCAGUUCAAUUGAAGUUGAAUCGAACGAGGAGAGUGCUUUUUUUUUUUGUACAGGUGAGUCACGCUUUCACGAAGUCAUACGUAGGUAGGUCAGGGCAUAAUGGACGACAACUCGUGACAAUACACACUAGGAAUUCAAUGCCUUCUGAAAUGCCUUCCAAACGUGGUGUUCAACGUGCCGAAUUGUAUACAAUGGGAAACCAGACGGAGACCAGAUGAAGUCUCCUGUCUCUUUCGGUUCUCGCAUCGCGUGCGACCGUGCGAGAUUACCAUUUCUCCAAGCGAUUUCCGGCGUAACUUCCGAUGACAUUCCACGACAGAUUCAUUCACCUUGCAGCGAUGAAUUAAUCACAAUUACGCGUCAGUGUGCGAUAAAAUCACGACAAGCGAUGAAUAUUGAUAUUCUUGAUUUUUUAUCAGUUCGCAAAACUAUUUCUUUACGGUAGAGUCUUUUUCUCUUCUUUUUUAUUUUGUCAUCAGUUCAAUUCCAAAUCAAGUGCUGAGUCGUUGCGAAUGUCAUGGGAAAUCGCUGAGUGCGAUAACACGCACCGCAUAAAAACCGUCUCACGUCUGCGUAGAAUUAGUACCUCGCACUCGAGUUUGCUAUUCUUUAGACCACACGUUCGCGCGAGUAACUCUGAACGCGCGAGCGGGAGUAAAGUAAUCAUUGUCAUUGUUUCUUCAGGUGCAUCCAAGAGACUGAGCCAUGUACCCCUCCGCUCAUGUUAAUCGGAAACUAUCUGAAUUCUCUGCGAAGAUACUCCACUACUGUUUUCUAAACAGAUCUUCCUCCCUGAAAUGGUACCAAAGCUUACGCGUAGACUCAAUUUCUCAACAACGUUUAAAUCGAAAGCUUCUCCUUUUAGAAAAACCUUAUGAGAGUUUAUAUGAUCUUCGUAGAGUGACAGAUCGUUUCUAAAAUCAUAUUAGUUCCUUUUCUUCUUGUAUGAAUGAGAGUGGAGCGCAAAGUCGUCAAAGUUUCGUCGAUAAAUAUCACGUGUUCGAAAACGGAAAUUCUUGAUCUUUCGUUUCUCGUAAAUAAUGAAACUCGUAAUUGUUCGAUUCCUUGUCGACAUUGUUGUCCAUGCCGCGUGCGUGUCGUGCCUGCGUGUACGUAAUUGCGUGACAAUGCGAGCGUGUGAAUGGUACUGUGUAAUUAGCGUAUUAACGAACAGUAACUUCGUUAUAAAUCCCUUGCUAUGUAUAAUCGCGGCCGAACAAUGCGUAACGAGCCGGCGACAGUCGUAGCAGCUUUUCCGUUUCGUCCGCUCGUAAUUCAUCGCGAUGUGGACUAAACCAUCGCGUUUAUUUUGCAUCUGGCUCGAUGACGCGAGUUCAAGGAUCAAUUAAUCUCGCUGGUGAUCGAGUCUGCGACAAAUCGACGAUCGUCAAGCUCGUACGCAUCGAUCGUUCCCCGUCAUUGCAUCUCCUUGUAGAUAAACAUUUUCUCGUCAUUAUGUUACUUGUAAUUAUACGGUAAGCGCAUAUAAGUUAUUCGUGUCCGUCGUACGCGACCAGCUACAAGAUUUAAGAAUAAUACAAGCCACUUUGAGAAAUUGUUGCUGGUCGUAAGGAUGGAUCUCGAUGUACAUUAAUUCAACAUUCAGUGUAGUCGACGAUAAUUCGUUAGGUAGUUAGGGUAAUCGAUGAGCAAAGAGGAGCAGCGUAGCCUUAAAACUAAUUUAUUCGGAGUAGUCGUUGUUGACGUAUGAACAAUAAGAGAAACGUAACAUUUAGUAUACACGUACAUACACGUAAACGUAUAAACAUACACGAAAACUUGCCAGUAUAGAGAAUUAGAAUUAAGAAGGGAACACGUGAAUCACAGCGAGAGCACGAUGGAGAUCGUGGCAAGAGAAAGAGAAAGAGAAAAAGAAAAAGAAUGGCUCUGGCGAUCGUUCCGGGGGGAAAAUACCCGCGAUCGGCCAACGCGUUUAAACGGUUAUUGAGGACCGCGUGCCUUCGCGUAAUUUACGUGCGUGCAUUCGCAGCGCGGAAAAUCCAAUGUUGAAUUUAACAUGGAGAACGUUCCCAACCACGGUGAAACGCGCUUGGUAUGACAACCGUGGUCAUUGGGAUAGAUUAGAAAGUCAUUGAUUUGGAAUUUUAUAGAAAAUGCAUUGUCCAAAAUUGAACAAUUAACACUAAUUUAAAGUUAUUGAUAAUCGAUUCGACAUUGGAUUCUUCGCGAGGUAGGAAAUUUCGUAAAUUUGGCCAAAAUAGUUCUUCACUUUUUGUAUAUUUUUUACCGUGAUAGAUGAAGAAUGAAACGAAGGAUUGUUGUGCGGAAACUGUUAUAUCGAGAAGAAGAAGGUUGAUUCUUCGGAGACACGGAGGCUAUUAUAGGGAGACAAUAGUAUUAACUCGUCGUGCGAUUUAGAGGACGAGUUUGUGGCGAGCUCGUAUUGGCUCGAUUAACCAUGUAGAGAGAGAACAGCCGGAUUACCAUGGUAGAGAAAUUUAUAAUUACAACGACCCUGUACUACGGCCGAUCGUACACCAUUCCUGUACAAUGUAUCGUAACAGUAUUUACUAUUGCACUAAUGGUAAUAAAGAAUAACUGUUAGUA